AUGGGCUGGUUCUCCGUCCGCGUCAUCCCUCGCAGGCAGCGCGAUAUAGAGCCAGAACAUGAUCCUUUGAAACCAGCAUCUGAAUGUGUUGAGUAUAUCGAACCGGCCCCCACAAGCCAUUUUCCAAUUCAGGAUUCAUCGGUUCCCGAUGAAGAUCUACCAAUCAUUUCAGCAGCUUGUGUUCAUCAACAGCGGAUGACCCAGGACUUGAGACGAAAACGCUACUGGAUCGUGGUGGACAACAUUGUCUACGACUGCACGGACUAUCUUGACGAGCACCCCGGAGGAAGCACAGUCAUCCGAAGUUUUGUAGGGGAAGACUGUUCCUGGCAAUUCUGGCGUUUUCAUUCAGCGGCCAUUAUGAAGACUUGGGGACGGAGGCUACGGGUUGGGAAAACGAAGGAGGUGCAUGUUCGGUACAAAGAGCCCCCACGCUUUGUCGGAGGGUCUCAAGAACCCUGA